AUGCCUUCCAAUUCCGAGGCCUUGGGUGCCCCCCAAAGCUACAGUCCGGAGGAGCACAUCACAGGCCUCUGCAGUGCAACACCUCAACUCAACUCAGCACGGCACGGCAACAAUCUGGACUCCUCCGGAUCGAAUCCAACGGAUGGGACAACGGCGUCAACGACAACUGUAGAGGUUGCUGCUCAUGCAACAUUUUCGCCGUGUGCAUCCUUGCAAAUUAUGAAACUGACAACCAAGAGCGAUACAAACAAACCGCCCCUGCAACCACCACCACAUCCUUGCAACUGA